CGUCUCUCUCUCAGUACAACGAAAAUUACACUCAUACUCGUAUAGUUUCCUUCGUAGCACGUUUUUCAGUACAUUACCAAAAUCUACCCCGUUCGAACGUUACCAGCUUAGUAAAUUUUGGCGGCAAAACGCGAUUAUUUUCGUGCUAAUUUACGUAAAAUAUAGCCAAAUUAUUAUUUUCGGUGUCGAAUUCGAAAUCUCGAGUUUUUUGCCUUCGGGUAUCGAAAGUAAAAUUAUAAAAAAAUUAAAACCAUGCAAUUAGGCUUUUUAACGUAAUUUACGAAAAAUAAGAUCGGAUUUUCGGAUGGUGAUUUGUUUUGAAACGUGUGUGUUUGUGAUCGUCAGUUCUUUCGUAUCGAUAAUUUGAAUUCGAUAAAAAGUGGUGAUUUUCAAACAACCAAUCAACCUCGAGAACAUGAUCGUGGUCGAGAUUUCCUCGUCGUAUUAAACCAAUAACAUCAUCUUACCCUCACAACAGAGAAAACCCACUUCGAAGCCAAAGCCCUCAACCAUGAAAAGUUUCCUUCUAGUCAAUAAAUUAAUCAUAUUUAUGCUAUGUUAUUGGUCUCAAAUACCAGGCGCCCUAUGUUUAAGAAAUGUGAUCAUAUCAAUGCCAGAUGCGGUAGAAAGGGAUGAAAAAGUACGAUUAAUAUGUCGAUAUAAUCUAGAAGGCGAAACGCUCUACACGUUGAAAUGGUACAAAGGCGAGCAAGAAUUUUACCGUUUUACCCCCAAAGAAUCGCCACCCAUAAAGAUAUUCAAAGUUAAAGGAUACACGGAAUUGGAAGUGGUGAGGGAAGAAUCCAACGGCGAACAAGUAACCCUUAAGAGAGCUGUAAGAAGUAUAUCCGGUCGUUAUAGCUGCGAAGUGACCACAGAUUCGCCGUCGUUUCAUGCUGUCAGUGGACACGCCGAAUUACGAGUAGUUGUGUUACCAAAAGAAAUCCCUUAUAUAAAAGUGAACGCUCCGAAGAUCAAAGAAGGAGAUUGGGCCAACGUAACGUGCACCUCGAACGCCUCUAUUCCGGCUGCCAAUUUAACUUGGACCAUAAACAAUAAAGCGGUAACCGGCAAAGCGCGCAUCAUUCAUUCGCAAAGAGUACUAGACGAGAAUGAUCAAGAAGAGGCCUUCUCCAGUAUAUCGUUUCAAGUAGACGAGAGCCAUUUUAAAGAGAACAACAGCCUUAAAGUACGCUGUACCGCCAGCAUAUACUCGAUUUAUCAAAAAACCAACGAAAUUGGUAUCCUACUAGACAGGCCGAAUAAGGCGAUUUACAAGCCGCAAGUACAACGCGAACCAACCAUGAUAACCGUCCUGCCCAGCGUCAAGUUAUCUCGAUCCAAUAUACAACUCGAUAAAGUAUACAACGAUAACAAUGCCAACAACGUGAUCCAAAGUGGAAAUUUAGAAAAUACCAACAAAAGCAGUACGCUAACCCUAGGAACAUUUUAUAUAAUGCUGAUAACUUUAUCGAUGACGUUACUGUGCUGAGUUUGUAUAUAGUAAAUCCUCUCGGAGAAGAUCUCAUCGCACCCGAAUAAGAAAAAUUCGAAAACCGUUUUUUUACGUUCAUUGUGUGUCACGAAAUGAGUAUAAAAAGUUUUCAUUUUACUUUAGCCAUUUUUAUUCCAUAUGUUUUUAUACGAUAUAGAAUUUCUUUUUAAAAAGUUUUCAUAUGUAAUGGAAUCGCAACAGCUCUAAAAAUUACAAAAUUGCCAAUUGUAAAAUAAAUGUUUUGCAAUAUAUUUCUUUUAUCAUCAAAA